UAGUUAUAAAAAAAAGGAGGAGUAAAAAAUUGUACAGAUUUUUCUUCUCACUUUUAUCGUUUUCGUCGUUUUGUGAAAGUAUAUCAAAGCCAAUCGCUCGCCUUUUCUCUGCCUGCUUUGCAUUUGCUUUCUAAUUGUACCAAUCAUUUCUAUGUGCCAAAUAGAUUUAUGAAUUAGUUCGAAGAGACGACUUGAGUUAUAUAGAGUGCUUACAAUGGAGUCCCUAAUAUUUGUAACAACGGUCGAAACCAAAGGAUCGUAUCUGAAGAUUAUGGGCCAGAUUGAUAAGUCAGUGGCAAUACUUAUAGAGUCGUCGUUGCAUGAAAACAGUUCCCAAUUUGAUCAGGGAAAACAUAUGCUCAGUAAGAGUGAAUGCCAAGAAGGUGUUCUCUGUUGUGCUAAAUAUAAAGAUGGAGAUUAUUAUAGAGCGCAAAUUACUAAUACAACAUAUUUAAGUCAGGAUGUAGUCGAACUGUUAUUUAUUGAUUAUGGUAACCGAGAGAAUUGCACAGUCAAGGAUUUGCGAGGCAUGACAUGCUUUGCAGCUAACAUUGUUACACUACCUCCCCUAGCACGAGAAUUUAUUAUAGCAGGAUACACACAUGCCGGAUCAAAAUGGAAUGAAAGAGCAAUUGAAGAAUUGUCUGAAAACAUUAAAUAUAUAAGUUAUAACUAUAAAGUUGUUGGUCAAAUUGGAAAUAAUGUUAUGAUAACAUUAUUAUCUGAUAACAAUGAUCCACUAGCAAAAUAUGCUAAGGAUGGUUUUAUAUCUACAGUACCACUGGAAAUACAGCAGGCUGCAUUACAAGAAUCUAUUAAUAAAAGAACUUCCAAUGGUCCAACAAAGUCCCCAGAAACUAUCAUAACUUACAGAUCUACACCUAUAUUAGUUAAUGAAGAAUAUAAAGCAUACAUCUCAUAUGUCACUGAUGGUCCCUGCUUAUUUACUGUUCAACUUCGAGAGAUGGAAGAAAAGUUAGAUAAUUUAAUGAGGGAUAUUAAUAACCCAGGAAUGAACCUGCAGAGAUUGGAUGAUUUUCCAAUACCAGGCAGUGUAUGUCUGGCACAAAGUUUGGAAGACAACUAUAUUUGUCGAGCUGUAGUUACUAGCACUGUAGAUAGUAGAAUUAAAGUCUUUUAUGUGGAUUUUGGAAACACAGAAGAACUUCAAUUUUCUAGAUUAUACCAGAUGCCUGUUAAAUAUCUAAUACCUAAAGUGAUGGCAACAAGAUUUGGGUUAGCUGGCUUAAGUGGUUGCAAUGUAAAUAUGGAAAUGAAGGUGGCCUUUAAAGAUUUUGUCACGAACAAAGUCCUUACGAUGCGUAAAGUACCUCAAACUGCAGAAUCGGCGUUGCCACUAUGCGAAUUACACGAUAAGAACAAUGUUAAUGCUUUGGACUUCAUUAAGAAAGCUGCCGUUGUCUCUUAUUCAGAUCCAGUUUCGCUAGUAAAAGGCAUUUGCCAGGAAGUUAGGGUGACUUACGCCAAUAAUUGUCGGCAAUUCUUUGUCCAACUGGCAAGCAAACAAUACGAUAUAGCGUCUUUGAUGAAACUAAUUCAAAGAACAUGUGCUUCCAAGAAGCCAAUAGAUCCUAGAAAAAUUGCACUGGGCACUCCGUGCAUCGCUCUUAAUGAAAGCGACAUGACAUACUAUCGAGCUGAAAUCAUUGGCAUAGAAGAAAAACGCGUUUUAUGCAAAUUCGUUGAUUUUGGUUUCCAAGGACAUACCAUUAAGAGCAAUGUUGUUCCCGCUGAUCCUGAAAUAAUGAUGAUGCUGAAGCCACAGGCCAUAGAAUGUUGCCUGAAUGGAUAUUACAAUAUCGAUAAAAUUGAUCCAGUGUGGGACAUAUUCUUUAGAAAGAUUGCCGAAAAGUCACUUUUCAGUUUGAAAUUGGUAGAGACCACAGGCACCAAACAUUUAGUAGAUUUGUUCGAUGAGAAAAAUGCUAGUGUUAACACGCUAAUUUAUGAUCAGCUAGGUACAAAAACACACCAUAAAAAUUUGGAAUCGUUUGAUGCCGAUAAUAACAUUUUAAGAAAUACUCAAAGAUCAAAUUCUGGAAUGGAUAAUAUACAAUAUUCAAAUGGCGAAGAAAAUUGGAGGGAAAUUCGCAACAGAAAUUCUCAAACAGGCCAGAAUGGAAAUAAAAAAAAUAAAAAUGCAGAGAAACAAAAUCAGAGUAACAAAAGAAAUGCCAGAAACGAUAAUUCGAAAAACGAACGAAACUUGAAUAAUCAUGGUUUAAAACAACCUACGAGACAAAGCGACAAGGAUUCAACAGAUAGGCAAAAGAAGCGAGCAGAUAAUUCUAGGAAAACAAGUCGCGAGGGAAGUGAAAAUAGUUAUUCGGGAUCCGAUAUCAGCGUGAACAAAUAUCCAAAAAAAUCGAUUAAACCUUUAAAACAAGAAUUUGAUUUCGCUGGUCCAAACGACGCAUACGAAGAGUACGACGACCUGACCAAAAUGUGUCUUCAAAAAGUGUCCGUCUGUUGGUUCUUCAAUCCAGCAAAUUUCUAUUGUCAACUAUAUAGGGAACAGGUUCGGUUUUCUGUUAUGAUGAAAGAAAUCCAAUUCACCUAUAAAUCUCGUAACAUAUUCACCGAAGCCACGGUAGAUAUGCCUGUUAUCGCCCAAUUCGAAGACGACGGUGCUCUCUAUCGUGCAAAGAUUAUACAAAAGAUUAAAUCCACAAUGUCCGUGUAUUUCGUUGAUUUCGGUAACAUUUCAAAAACUGACAUCGUAUAUCAAAUUGAGAAGAAGCACAUGGAAAUGCCAGCUCAAGCGCUGCAUUGCUCUCUACCAGAUAUCGUCCCAUUCGAAAACAAAGCGUGGCCGAAAACAGAAAAGUUCAGCAGCUAUUUCAACAAAGAUAUGUAUUCCUGCUUAUUUUCGGAGAAGAAAGAUAAAUGUUAUUAUGUCAAUUUAUUGUUGGAGGAAAUUGAUCCUAAAACUUCUUUGAAUUUAACCGUAAAAGAAAAAUUAAUAGAUGAUAAGUUGGCUAGUGACUAUAUUGCACCAAACAAAUUAAAAGUUAGUUUGUUGAAUAAUAGAACUAUAAGGUGUAAAUUGCACUCCAUGGAAAGCUUGUCGAAUAUCGAAUUGCAGCUCCAACCUAAAGUGAUAGUGACUUGUUCAUUUUUCUUUUGGAAAAAUGCAACUGAAGACUCUGAGCAGAUUCUACGAAAUUAUAUUAACAAAUUUGUUAUAGUACAUGUUAAUAACAUCGUUAAUGAUAAAUUGAGCGUUAUAUUUUAUAACGAAUUAGGAAAUCUAAUUGAUUUAUUGGUUGGAAAAAAUAAUGUCCCAGAGAAUAUUUCACCUGUGUGUCCAUAUCCAAUCAUAUUCACUUCAAUCGAAGGACGCAUUGUGAACAUCUCUGGCGUCAGUAUCUUUAUUAAACCGGUAAAACACGAAGAAACAAUUGAUUCCAUUAAGCAAAAUAUGUGCACAUAUUAUGAAAGAAUUUCGUUCGAAGACAUUAAGCUUUCUGUUGGUAAAAUGGUUGCCUUUAAAUCGAAAGAUUCUAAUUGGUACAGAGGCAGAGUGAUGAAGAAAAUUUCAGAACAAUAUAGACUUCAUGUUAUAGAUUACGGACGCAUCGAGUUUGUAUCUCUGAAAGAUAUCAGAGUUUUAACUAUGCCGUUCUUGAUAUACCAUGAGUUAGUAGUUCAAGUUCACGUUAAGAACUGCGCAGGAUUGGAAAUCAACGAUUUAGUCCAAUUAUCUUCUUUGCAUUAUAAACAAGAUGAUUUGCAUGGAAAGUUGAUGGUAAUACAAUCAACUUGGAAACCUUUUAUCGUGCCUCCAAGUAAAUCCAUAGCAACUUUGCUUGUAAGCGAACCUGAACAGAAACCUGAAACUGCAAUUGUAGAAGCAAAUACUAAACCACGAACUGAUUCUAACAAGUUUCAAGUUGAAUUAAGUCAUUUCGAUAAUCCAAACGAAUUUUACUUGCAGUUGAUAGAUUCUAUAGAUACAAUUAACAAGUUACAAAUUAAAUUGCAACAAGAAGCUCCCGGUCUGCCCGCUGUUGAUAAUGUUACUACAGGAAUCCUCUGUGCCGCGGUUUACAGUGUUGAUCAGCUGUGGUACCGUGCACAGGUUUUAGACGCUGAUUCCGAUAUAACGACUGUAAGAUUCAUCGAUUAUGGUAACACAGAUGUGUUAAACAACGAUUCAACAACUAUAAAAAUUUUGCCUGCGGAAAUGUUAACUUUAGAUCAACAUGCUAGACGUUGCAGCCUUUACUUAGGGCCUGUGAAUGGCGAAUGGAGCACUGCGGCAUGCGAAAGGUUUGAUCUAUUGGUCGCUGAUAAAGAUUUAGAAGUGAAUAUUGUGCACGAGGAUGAAAAGUCAACUUACGUUGAUUUGUACGCGGAUGGUCAGAACGUUGGCAAGACCUUGUACAAGGAGAAUCUGGCAACAAAGUUAGAUUUCGAGGCUACGAAUACAAUCACCGGUUACUUCAGUCACAUGAAUUCUCCUUCAGAAUUCUGGAUGCAAUUGGAGAGCGCUUGUGGUGAUUUAGAAUGGAUUGCGGAUCAAUUGGAACAUGCUGAAAAUUAUAAGCCCUUGGAAAAUUCUGCUCCCGGCACUUUGUGCGCAGCGAUUUUUGCCGACGACGGAAAUUGGUACAGAGCAAGAAUUCUGUCAAAUACAAUUGCUGGUAUCGAAGUAAUCUUCAUCGAUUACGGAAAUUCAUGUACAUGCACUAGCUUGAAAGAACUUCCUGAAGAACUGGUAAUGCUUCCGGCUCUGGCUCAAAAGUGCAGUUUACAGAAACCUCCAGGUAUCUUAGAAUGGCCGAUUGAUGCCACCGAUAGAUUAAACACGAUUUCUGCGGACGGCUUGGCGAUUUUCAAUGUUUAUAAAUUAUCACAAGGAGAAACUUCAAUUGUUCAGCUGGUUCUGAACGGCGAAGACAUCAGUUUAAAGCUGUUACCUGAAUUGAAGGAUGUCAAACUGAGUCACGUUAUUAGUGUAGAUGAAUUUUACGUCCAGGAAAUUAGAGAAGAUAUGGAGAAGAUGCAAGUAGAAUUGCAGAAGGAAGCAGCAAAUUACAAAGAUUAUGUAGGCGAUAGUAAAGAUGAUGUCGUUAUAGCGCAAUGCGAGAGUACGUUUUUCAGGUGCAAGAAAAUCGAUGAGAAACAAGCGUUUCUCAUCGAUGUCGGCAUCGUGAAGGAUUUCAGUGCACUAAAAGAGUGUCCAGAUAAAUUUAACACUACGUCAAUCGCGCCGUGUGCCGUCAAGUCUAAACUACAACCGCUGCAAGAUUAUACUUGGAACGAGGAAAGUUUGAUCAAAUUUAAAGAAAUGAUUGGGACCACUUUCCAAGCAGAAUUUAGAAAAGAUUCGCUCAUCGUUCGUCUAUAUUAUAAAUACUCCGAUAUACGCUCUCAAUUGCCUGCCGUGAAACUCUCUCCAAAUUCGGUGCAUACUAUUCCAGCGAAACUGAUUCAGCAAAAAACACCAUCCAAUGAUGAAAAAACUAUUCCCUCCACGCAAGAUUCGCUUCAAGUAAACGAAAGUAAUAAUGAAAGUGUUGUUGAUUUAGCAACAGAAAUUAAGUCUGAACUUAUUGAAGAGGUUGAAAGAAAAAUAAAUGAAAUCAGUAUUAAAGACGAUGCCAAAAAUGAUGCAACCGAUGUCGAACAUUCCAUUGAAGUUGAGGAGAGCAAGACAAAAGAAGAAUGAAUAAAAUUCAAUAACUCCGGUGACAUUCAAUCAUGUUCUUUGUAGUUGUCAUGUAGCUUUAUCUAGUUUAUUUUUAUAUCUGUUUGUUGAUCGUUUAAUGUGUUAUUAUUUAAUUA